CAUUGAGCGAGAGAGAGAAUUUGAGACAAGUGUCCUCCAUUUGAGGACGAAGAAUGACUGGUUUGGUAGGUGAUGAAAAAAUAUAUAUAUUCUGGCUCAGUCACUGUUGUUUAGCUAAAGACAGGGUGUCCAUAUCUUCACACUUUUUAUAGUGAGCCCUCUAAACCAACGGAGAAGAAAAUUUUGGUAGAGAGGGAGAGAAUUUUUAGAGAGAGAAAUGGAGAACAAUGAGAGAAAAAUUAUGGAGAUUGAUGAAAAAACAUCUGAUGAUCAACCUGAGUUCAACUACAAGGGUAUCAAGGCCAUGCCACUCAUCAUAGGGAAUGAGACAUUCGAGAAGCUCGGGGCCAUUGGUACACUGUCCAAUCUUCAGGUGUAUUUAACCUCCGUUUUCAACAUGUCGCGCAUCAACGCGACAACUCUUCUUAGCAUCUUCAAUGGCACCACAAAUUUUGCUACCUUGUUGGGAGCUUUUCUAUCUGACACUUAUCUUGGCCGAUACAAAACAUUGGGAUAUGCUUCAGUCUCUUCAUUCCUGGGAUUGUUCGUUAUAACUCUAACAGCAGUAUUUAAUAAGUUGCAUCCACCCAAUUGUGGAGCGCACGACAGUAAAUGUAUCGGUCCAGACGCAGGACAAAUGGCGUUUCUAUGGCUCGGUUUUGGCCUAAUGAUAAUUGGGGCAGGUGGGAUCCGACCGUGUAACUUAGCGUUUGGGGCCGAUCAAUUCAACCCCAAUACUGAAUCUGGGAAGAGGGGUAUCAACAGUUUCUUCAACUGGUACUUUUUCACGAUUACAUUCGCACAGAUGAUAUCAGUAACACUAGUGGUUUACGUACAAUCUGAUGUGAGCUGGUCUAUAGGAUUAGCCAUCCCUUGUAUUUUU